CAACAUCAACUGGCGACGGUCACGACCCGGCGAAGGGAAAGGCUUCCGGGGCUGCCGGCCCGACCGCUGAGAGCUGCUGUCAUGGCGGCCGCUUCCUGGGGUCUCAGUACUGUCCUGCUGCUGAUGUUGCUACUAGGGGAUGCCCAGAGCUCGGACAUGUCUGGGACUAAUGCGGACGGGUUGGGAGGGAGUGGAGUCAGCAUAGGAGACCGCUUCAAGAUUGAGGGGCGUGCAGUUGUUCCUGGGGUGAAGCCCCAGGAUUGGAUUUCGGCGGCCCGAGUGUUGGUGGACGGAGAAGAGCACGUCGGUUUCCUUAAGACAGAUGGUAGUUUUGUGGUUCAUGAUAUACCUUCUGGAUCUUAUGUAGUGGAAGUUGUAUCUCCUGCUUAUAGAUUUGAUCCUGUCCGAGUGGAUAUCACUUCAAAAGGAAAAAUGAGAGCAAGAUACGUGAAUUACAUCAAAACAUCAGAAGUGGUCAGACUGCCCUAUCCUCUCCAAAUGAAAUCUUCUGGCCCACCUUCUUAUUUUAUUAAAAGAGAAUCAUGGGGCUGGACAGACUUUCUGAUGAAUCCAAUGGUGAUGAUGAUGGUCCUCCCACUGUUGAUAUUUGUGCUUUUGCCCAAAGUAGUCAACACAAGUGAUCCUGACAUGAGACGGGAAAUGGAACAAUCAAUGAAUAUGCUGAAUUCCAACCAUGAAUUGCCUGAUGUUUCUGAGUUCAUGACAAGACUCUUCUCUUCAAAAUCAUCUGGCAAGUCUAGCAGUGGCGGCAGUAAAACCGGCAAAAGUGGUGCUGGCAAAAGGAGGUAGUUGGGUGGUCAGUAGCUGGCAUUUGCACAAAUACAGCAACACUGGGUGGCAUCCAAGUCUUGAGAAAAAUCGUGUGAAGCAACUACUGUAAACGAGUCAUCCUUAAAGUUGAUCUCUUAUGACUGUGUGUGUAAUACUCUAGCACAUUUGUACUUGGUAUACAGGAAAAUCCAGCUCUCAUCCUUUAGCUCGUAUGAGGUCAAUAUCGAUGUCACUGAAUUAAUCACAGUGUCCUAUAGAAAAUGAUGUUAAUAAAUUAUAUGGAGUACUAUACAUUAUGUAUAUUAAAAUAAGUCUUAAUACAGAGUAAAA